UAACACAUCAUAAAAUACAGAGACAGCUCCACAAUCCCAACACAGUUUAACGCUUAAUGCUCACUUCCCAGCUGCCCCAUGGCUGGGAUUGUCUGGCUGCUUCUCCUUGGCUUCUCUUCUCUUCCUACUCUUUCAGGAGCAGAAGACUUUGUGCCACCUCAAUAUAAUAUCAGCCUGGACCUACCACCUGACCAACGCUGGGAGCCAGUGCUCAAGCAAUACGACUCCACUUACCUAAGGGACACCCUAGAGUAUCUACUAAAGAAUUUUAUUCCUAAUUGGAUUCGUCUAUUUGCCAGUCCACUUGGAGAGUUUCAUUUAACCUUUUUUGUUACGGAGCCCUAUGCUUCAGAGCUCAGGAGUAUAUCAAGAAUCCUGGACAUAAGUGUUGGAGACGUGUUUCUUAUAAAUCUGUUCUAUGAACUGACUGUGUACUGCACAAGCAUAAUAGCUCAAGAUGACCAAGGAAAUAUUUACCAUGGUAGAAACCUCGACCAUGAUUUGCAUAUGAUAUUAAGACAUUUGACGGUGGACCUGCAUUUUAUCAGGAAUGGAGAGAUCGCAUAUACAGGAACCACAUAUAUAGGAUAUGUUGGCCUAUGGACCGGACAAAGCCCCCACAAAUUCACUGUGUCUGGUAACGCAAGAGGAGAGCAUUCUGGUAAAUGGUGGGAGAAUCUAAACUCUGCUUACUUGAAAAGUGGUACUGCAGUCGGCUGGCUAAUCAGAGAUACUCUGAAUGAUGCCAAAGAUUUCCAAUCAGCUGCUAUAAAGCUCACCUACACACCCAUAAUUGCUGAAGCUUACCUUAUCAUGGCUGGGACAAAACCGAACGAAGGCCUGGCAAUUACUAGAAACAGGGAUGGACCAGCCCUUGUAUGGAGUUUAAAUCCUUUAUUGGGAGAAUGGUUCCGUGUGGAAACAAAUUACGACCACUGGACUGCUCCACCAUUGCAUGAUGACCGCAGCACUACAGCCUGCACAGCUUUGAACAAAACUGGUCAGGCAAACGUCAACUUAGAUAGUUUAUUUAAGGUGCUUUCAGUAAGGCCAGUUUUAAAUUACAGAACAAUCCAUACUACAGUCAUGAGUGCUGCGUUUCCCGAGAAAUACGCAACUACAAUCAGGAAUAAAAUCCCUAAAUUGUGGUGGAGAAAACCGGGUGCCAAGUAACAAGGCAGAAACCUAUUCGAUUGGCUGGCUGUUUCUUCUCACGAUGGUGGCUGCUGCUUCUGUUAUACAUAUGUGUUAAUUUUUUUAUUGGAAAUUAAAAAUAUAAGAAGGCUCAGGCACUCAACCAGUGAGGUGAAUCAGAAUCUGGGGCAGUACCGGCCCACUAAUACAUGCUCAAUAGACCAAACAAAUAUUUAGAAUCCUGAACACUCAAAUACUAAACAAGAAACAGAAAAAUACUGCUUAAGAAACUUUUUUAUUAAUCACUCAUUUCAUAUUACCAUGCCAACAUACACACACUCAAUAUGAAGCAAAUAUUGUUUAUAUCCAAUGUGGGAAAUAAAACAUUUCAAAUAGUUCUUCAAAUGUUAUGUUUUAAAGAGAAACACAAUUAGAAUGUAAAACAAUUCAGCGUAUAGCUAAUUUUAACAACAUUUUGGAAACGAUGGAAACAAUGAGGACAAUCUGAUUAUUAAUGAGCAUCAUCCUUACAGCAGGUUCAUCUCUCUAUAUGUGCCUCAAUAUUUAAUUUUUCUGCUUUCUGAUUUGAGGUUGCAGCUAAUUUUUAUUUAUUUUUUUAAUAAAAAAUACUCCUGCCAUGGAUUAACUAGAUUCCUUUGAAACCUAACCUUUUCACGUCCAAUGUCACAGGCAUUGCAAAAGCAUUCACAUUCUUACAGAAUUGGAGCUAUGUGCUCACUCCUCUCUCUAAAAUACUACUCCUACUGCUUGGUAAAUGGUCAAUUAAUUUGACUAGCAUAGCUAUAGUCCAAGGAUUUGAAGGCUUUUGUGUUUGCUUUGUUGUUUGGAAAGUGUCUUAAAAUUGACAAUAGAUCUCAGAAGUAAACAUUUUUGGAGUUUUGUUUCUAAACCGACGGCCAGAAUCUAUGUGGCUAAUUUCUACACUGAACAAAAUUAUAAAUGCAACGCUUUUGCCUUAGGC